AUGUCCAAGACAUUCACCAAAGAUGAGGUGGCUAAGCACAACACCGAAGACUCGGUGUGGUUCGUGAUCGACAGCAAAGUCUACGACGUAUCCGACUUCAUCGACGCCCACCCCGGCGGCGAGUCCGUUCUCCGACAGGUUGCUGGCCAAGACGCCACCGUUGCCUUUUACAACCUACAUCGUCAUGAGGUCCUCACCAAAUACGAAGACCUAUGUAUUGGCACCAUCCAGGGCGAGAAGCCCCAACCCGUAUUACAACGAGAGCCACACCGCCUACGCAAGGCUAUGCGUAUCUUCAAUGACACUUACAUCACCCCCGAGGCUCAGGCCCGCGAGGCCGACGGCAAGUACAUCAGCCAGGAGCUAGUCGACCGCAUGGCGGAGAAGGGCAUCCUGCACAUGCGACUAGGGCCGGGGAAGCACCUGCAAGGCGUAAACCUGAUGGACGGGGCAGUCAAGGGCGAAGAAUUCGACUACUUCCACGACCUCAUCAUGUCGCAAGAAGGCGUGCGAUCCAACGCGCGCGGGUUCCAAGACGGACAGCUAGCCGGCAUGGUCAUCGGGCUCCCCUGCAUCAUGAACUUCAUGCGAGACGCGCCGCGGCGCAAGGCUAUCAUGGACGAGGUGCUCAGCGGCAAGAAGUACAUGUGCCUCGCCAUCACCGAAGCCUUCGCCGGGUCCGACGUCGCCGGCCUCCGCACCACCGCCACCAAGACCCCCCGGCAAGCACUACAUCGUCAACGGCACCAAGAAGUGGAUCACCAACGGUGUUUUCUGCGACUACUUCUCGUCGGCGUCAAGACCGACAAGGGCCUGAGCGUCCUUCUGAUCGAGCGCGGCGACGGCGUCGAGACCAAGCCUAUCAAGACUUCGUAUUCGCCUGCUGCCGGCACUGCCUAUAUCACCUUCGACAACGUCAAGGUUCCUGCCGAGAACCUCCUCGGCGAGGAGAACAAGGGUAUCUACGUUAUCCUCAGCAACUUCAACCACGAGCGAUGGACCAUGGCCUGCGCCGGAAUCCGAAUGUGCAGAACCAUCGUAGAGGAAUGUCUCAAGUGGUCGCACCAGCGCAUCGUCUUCGGCAAGCGACUAAUCGAGCAACCCGUGAUCCGACAAAAGCUCGCCAAGAUGAUUGCGCUCAUCGAGUCGAACCAGGCCUGGCUCGAAACUAUUACCUACCAAAUGUGCAACAUGCCCUACAAGCAGCAAUCGCAGCACCUCGGCGGCCCCAUCGGCCUGCUAAAGAUGAGCAUCACCCGCGCCGCGCACGAGAUCGCCGACGAGUCCGUCCAGAUCUUCGGUGGUCGUGGUCUGACCCAAUCCGGCAUGGGUCGCGUCGUCGAGAUGUUCCACCGCACCUAUAAGUUCGACGCUAUUCUAGGUGGCGCCGAGGAGGUCCUUGCUGACCUAGGUGUUCGCCAAGCUAUGCGCCAAAUGCCCAAUGCCAAAUUAUAG